CUGCUGCUGCUGCUGCUCUUCAGUCGAGCUUUGGAUAUCCACCUGUAUAGUUCUCCAUCUCUCUUUCUUUCUUCUUCUCUCUCUCUUUCUUUGGCGCUGCUGCUGUUUCUUUUCUCUUCCUUGCGCGCGCGAGUCUUUGGGUUGACUUGAAGCAAACACGCGCGCAAAUCAUUGGCCUGGCAGAGGACUGACAUUCACCGAAUCAACUGGAAGAAAAGAAGAAAAAAAGAGCAGGAAUCGGCGAUCGGUAUCCUACCGAUUUGUCUUUUUUCGAUCUCUUGAUUUGGCUACUCGGGCGAGGAGCAGCAGCGUCCGCAUACCAUAGUAGCAGCCCAUAGUGCGCCAGUGUCGGACCCGAGUGACGUGACGGAUCUGGCUUGUUUUGACCUAGUUUUUCGGCCGAUCCAGUCGCUCGUCUUCGUUUUUUCUUGUUGUUAUUGUUGUUGUUACUGUUGUUUUUGUUGUUGUUGUUUUUGUUGUUGUUGUCAUCAUCGACCGUCUACAUCUGCCGGCUUUCCGACCCAAGAACGGGAUUGCCCAAAUCGAGCCACUAGCAGGAACAACGUUUAUUGAGAUGUUUUAUCAAGGAAAAUUACAAGCGUUAGUGUUGGUGCUGCUAGCGGUAGUCAGUACGAAAAUUGAAGCAGCAUCAAAGUGCCAGGGCAGUGGACUGAAGUACGUGUGGGGCGAUGCGCUCACGGACUCGACGGACUGCUUGGGACCCAACAAUAUGCAAUACCCCACGGGCGCCAUAGCGCGAACCUUCAAAAACGUGUGGCCCGGUAGCAGCAGGACUGCGAGACACUAUCAGGAUCGAGAAACGAUAGACCCGGAGAUUACGCGUCAGACGCUCCUGCAGAACUACAAAGCGGCAAGUGGUGACCAUCACAUUGCAAGCAGCACGAGAAUCGGACGAUCUUAUUCAAACAAGGACUCGUGCGGUGACUCGACGCGACUAUGUAAAACCAGGUACAACACCACUGCGCCGAUGUACGGAGUUAGUUUGACCAGCGGCCAACCAGUAACGAUCGUUCAAAAAUUCCCCGAUCUUCUGCAGCAAGUCGUUUUUGAAGUUUGCGAGUCAAAGGAGUGCGACACGAUUUACGGCGAAUGCACGCAGACGUACGUGCCAUACUUAUUUUUGGUAAUACCUUUGGGGCCGGUGACGCUGACUGGCCAAGACUACGUGCUCGUCGAAAGCGGCUGCGUCUGUAAGCCAACGAGAAAGCCCAAUCGAAGCGAUUGAGCCAGCCCUAGCAGCCGACACAUUCGAAUCGCGAUCCAGUGAAAUUUACCAUUGAGAAUACUUCAAAUGGGUCAGAGUGUCAUCGAGAGAUAACGCAUCGCAUCCAGCUGCUCAUUGUAAUAUUUCCUUGCGUAUGCGUCAUGUAGGAGAGAGAUCGUCGAUGCAUUAAUUUUAGCGGCUCCUGCCGAGAGACUGAAUGCACCGUAUACAUUGCUGCAAAAUAAUGCAAACAAAAAAAAAUAAAUAAACGAUCGAAUGAGAGAAUGAAAGACUAAAUGAAUGAGAGAAAAUAAGCUACCACCGCGAAGCCGGUUGCGGACAUAAGUACGUUUGACUGCAUACUUCGUAAUAGGCACAACAGCAGUGACAGCAGGUCCUCGUUCGAUCUUUAAUCGACAUAAGUUGGAACGAGCUUUUUUGGCCUUCUGCAACUCGAGAGACUCAAUGAUUCGAAAAGCAAGAAAAUAAUAGAGAAAGAAAAAUUUAACGAAUGUUAUUUUUGUUAUAUGUACAACUUAGAAAGUAUAUAU